AUGCAACAUUCUCCUCUUCGUCUACUGGUGGCGGGAGAAUUUGCUGUCAGCGGCUUUUUUGUUCUGUCAGGACAUGUUUUAGUUCAUCGAUACAUGCAAAAAAAGGAUUCAUCAAUUCUUAUUAGUGGAUUGAUUCGGCGAUUUCCACGGCUGUUUAUACCAUCAACAAUAUCGCUGCUGUUCUACUACUCUAUUCUUCACUAUCGACCCUGGUAUGGUUUUAAUGAGUGUCAUGAAAUCGGAGAAGGUACCGUAGAAGUGAAUCAAACCAAUUUGGGUUAUGCACUCGUCAAUACAGUUGGACAAUAUCUCUGGAUGCCUGCUUUGUAUACAAUACAAUGGACAAUGCAGGUGGAAUUCAUUUGCUCCAUUGUAGUUUACGCAUUAGCUUUUUUACUUACUCAACGAUUAGUGUAUCGCGUUCGUAUGUUUAUUUAUGCUGUAAUAGCUCUCCUUUUACCAAUUAUCUGGCUUGCGACUAAUGGUGCCAUCCCGAAAAUGGUGCUGUACAUUCAACCGUUUAUCUUCGGUAUCUUACUGAGUGAUUUGGAUGCAAAUGCACUGCUAAAUCCUUGGCGUGCCAUGGAAACUGGAACAAGAACUCAAAGAGUCUGGUUUAGUUUGAUUACUAUAUGCUUACUAGUUUUUGCAAUUUACUUCGGUUCAUAUCCAGUAUUUAACACUGAUGUUAUCAAUGGAUCUGGCACGAUAUGGGCUCCACUAGGCUGGAUGUUUGGAUGGUUGUGGAUUUCUGUUGGUGGUAGUUGUUUGCUACUUGCUGUGUUAACCUCAUCACAUAUUCAACGUAUGUUGACCCUAAAACCAGUUCAUUUUCUUGGAAAAGUAUCAUUUGGUGUCUAUUUAAUACACUAUAUUGUAUUAUGUGCACUCGAUGCCACUUUUAUACAAUGGACAGCAAGAUAUAUUGACCGUGAUGUUGCUCUAGUUCUGGCUUUGAUCUUUUUAGCGGUACCCAUUACUUUAAUAACCGCUUAUAUCUUCCAUGUGUUUGUUGACGUACCUUCCAUACAACUUUCAUAUUGGAUGUUCCUUGGACUGCACACUGGCUGCUGGAAAUUGAAUUUUAUAAAUACUAAACGUACUUGGAUCAGUACUGCAACACAACGACGAAUGUGGAUCUUUCUUCUGUGUGUUCUGCUAUUGUUGAUUGUUGUAAGUGCAAUUCCUGGAUCCGGUAGCUCUUGCCCUUUGUCAUUUAUUAAUGGCAAUACGACUACUAUUCCAUCCUUACCAAAAGCAUGA